GAAAAGUCGCCUUGUCGCCUUAUCAAUCUUCAUGUUCCAAGGCCAAUUUGGGCAUUUGGGCAGAAGAAACAAGGUGCCGAACCAUCAAGCAAGAAAGGUUGGAUCAUCACAACGACCACACGAACGCUUUGUUAUCACAACAUGUUUUGGUGUAUCUGUUGAUUUGGUCGUCAUCCAUUCAUCCAUCCAACGCACCCUCUCACAGAUCUAAACUGAACUAACUAACAUAAAAGCGAGAAAGCAUUGUUUUUCUCGCCACAAUUAGUUAGCAACGUCCCAACCAACAGCUCCCCAAAAAGAAAUUGCUGUCAGUUCGGUUCGUGGUCUCAUUUUUCUUCUUUUUCGAUAGAUCCACUUCACAACACAAGCAUUCACCAUGAUCAGUAUUACAGAGACAGCAACGAAUGUUAGCAACAUGCCAGCAGGCAAUGAUGAACCCGUCUUUAUCAGCUGUGACGCACUGCCACAAACAGCAAGCCCCAAGAAACCUGCCACCAACAAAAAGACAAAGAAUAAACAACGGCAAACUCGCCGUGGAUCCCUCUCGUUUUUGUCCAAACUCACUAACCGCAACAAACAGCAGCAAACACCACGCGAUGACACAUCCAUUGCGUCGAGCAUCAACAGCGCUGGAAGUGUGGUAGCUACACCCGAGUCUAGCAAUAGCAAUAAGGGAUGCCUCAAGGUCCGAACGCAAAAAGAGUCACUUCGUCGCGUUCUCAAACCGAGCAGCACACGGUGUCGUCUUUGGACGGAUGGUGGCAGUUCGACGGCAUUGUUGGACCACAAGGCAGUUCGAUUUUCGACGGCAUCUGCAAGAGUCUUUGCCAACAUUUUGUGCGACAAUCCCGCCGUGUUGGAGGGUCCACCGAUUGGGUUGGGAUGGAACAUUGUGGGAGAAGAAUCAACACCGGUGGUCGAUCGUCCGACCGCCACGGUACCUCAAGAACUGCUACUGGCCAAGUGGGACCGGGAACGCAUGCUCAUGAUCCAAGGAUAUCCUCGAUCGGACUUGCGUCAAGCCGAACGGGAAGCAGCGGCGAUCCAAUCCAGUCGAAGACGAAAUGCACCCGGUGUUACCUGGUUGCGUCCCAUGUUGCAGUACUUUGAGAACCACAAGAAGGCUCGUGGCGGUGGCGGCAAUGUGGUUGUAAGGCGGCAACGAGUAAGGAGUCAAAAGCGAACUGCGGUGGAGGUGUCUGCUUAAAAAUGCUAUGAUAGCUAGCUACAUACACAAAUAGAUGAUAAAAUACAUAUAAAAAGAAACAUCAUUUAUCGC